AUGGACGGUCAGCUACGGAACCAGCUCAGCCUGGACGACUUUUUGGACCUCAAUGGACCGACAGGAGAGGUCUGCUACCCAUCGGAGUCGAAGGAGAGCUUCCUCGCCAAGCUAGGAUUGGAUGAAUCGAAAUACACCCACAAGCGAGUCCAUGUCAGGAUGCGACGGGAAGCAAAAGCCCAAUACGAACUCGCCCUGGCCACACCAGAGUUGCGAAACCUUCUGGCAUCGGCCAAAUCUGGGGAGGAGAAGCAGAGCGCAAUGGACUACGUGACUCAGCAAGUCAAGCAGAUGAUCUACCAGGCAGCAUCGUCGGAAACGAAGUUCAUCUACGAUCUCGUGCGCAACGACAAGCGCGAGUGUUGGGUCAUUGACUGGGUACUGCGGCGAGAAAUAACGCGCCGGGAAGACAUUCUGCUGGAGGGAGAGCCAACAACGACCCCCCAAACAACCACAUCUCAAUCUUCAGCCGAUGCAACCCAUGCUGAGGCUCCGCACGUAUCCCACACUCCGCCAGCCAAGGUCAAGGAAGAGGUCGAGAAAGACGGUGUUGUUAGGGGCGACAUUCCAGGCGUGCUGAGUCCAAUGUCUGUACAACACCCUUUGAAUGCACGAGAUGGUGACUCCUGA